AUGAGAGACCAUACCAAGCAUCCCGAGCGUGGUGUAGAUGCCUCGCAGCCAACCCGAACAGCUGCCAGAGCCGGAACGCACUUGGACUUUCCACUGGCUUUGCGCCCCUUCGCUUGCAUGGCCGCUCGCCUGCUGCUGGCACUGCUGCUGUCCAACUCCAGGGCGGAGACGGACUUGCUGGCGGAGGUGGCUCGACUGAAGGCGGAGGUUGAGCGUCUGAAGGCGCAGCCGGCAGCGGCGAGCCCGGCGCAGUUUGGGUAUGCUCAACCCCCAGCGCAAGGCUAUCAGCAGUUCUACCAGCAAGCCUAUGGCCAGCCGAAUGCUCCCGGCCAGCAGCCAUAUGGCCAGCAGCCAUAUGGCCAGCAACCGGCCUACGGUCAGCAGGGCUACGGCCAGCAGCCGAUGUACCAACAGCAGCAGCAGCAGCAGCAGCAGCAGCAGCAGCAGCAGCAGCAGCAGCAGCAGCAGCAGCAGCAGGGCUACGGCCAGCAGCCGGCCUAUGGCCAGCAGCCGGCCUAUGGCCAAGCGUAUGGGCAGAUGCCUGGGCAAUACCAGGCCCCAAACCAAGCGGCAGACGUGCAGCAGAGCGCCACACAGCAGCUUGAAGCCCUUCGCCAGUCUUUGGGGGGUGGCCGCGAGCCGCGGGCCGCUGCAGGAGGAGCUGACGGCUGCACCCGAAACCCGCUCUUCGCCAAGUUGCACGGCGCGCUGCAGAAGCUUGCGCUGCUUGAGCAGGAUCCGGUGGAGGCCUCUUUCCAGAUCCAUGAGGCCUGGGAGGAGAGCCCAGGCCUCUUCGAGGAAUGCCCCGCCGGAGUGGUCACCGCCCUAGUGUACCUCAGCAUUGCGCAGGACAAAGACUGGAAGUAUCGCCUCCUGCACCGCGCCACCUAUAUGCUGUACUCCACCCCGGGCCUGCCGGGGAAAAUGGCGGCCGGGCGGUGGCCUAUGUCUGACAGGUUAAUUAGAACCAUGUACCACAACUCCGAAGUCAUGGGGAAGCAGCCCUUGAAGAUGGCGGAGGUGGAGGUGCAGCCGGGCACCACGGCGGCCUCGCAGGCGGCCAACGUGGGCCUGGAUGAGGCGUACCACCUCUCCACCAGGCACAAGGACACGCUGUCCGUGCACUUCACGACGGUGCUUUUCUACCACUUUUACCACCAGGAGACGCUCGCCCUGCGCUUGCAGAACGCGGUCCUGGUGUCUGCCUUUCUGGACCAGGUACCUGACCAACAGCUCCGUGGAUGUUUGGCUUGCUGCCCGCGAUGA